AUGGUUCCUCCCCUUGUGUCCGGGAUGCUGGCAUUGUUCACUUUGAGUAAAUUUUGUGUCUUAAUAAUCAUUUUGUUCAUCGUACGAGCGACUAUUCGCAAAUAUUGGACGCCGAUCCGAGACAUCCCAGGUCCGUUCUUGGCUUCUUUUUCGAAACUAUGGCUAGUCUACCAUUUGUGGAAAGGUCAUGGCGAGAAAGAGCUUAUUGAUCUACACAAGAAGCACGGGGAUUUCGUUCGCAUUGCGGAGAAUGAAGUCAGUGUCUCUCACCCGGACGCAGUAAAGCAGCUUCUCCACGCAAACAUAGCGAAAGGCUCAUGGUACUCAAUCUUCAGUCUACCGGACUACCAUUAUGUGAAUCAGAUGUCUGAACUGAACCCAAAACGGCACAUCGAAAAGUCGCGCAACAUAGCCGCCGGAUUUGCACUAUCAAACAUCAUCAAGUCCGAGCCACAUGUGGACAAAAUCCUCCACUGUCUCAAAGAACGCCUCGAUGGAUUAAUCAAAAGCAACGAGGCGGUAGAAUUCGACAAAUGGUUCAGUUUCUUUGCCUUCGACGUGUUGGGCGAAGUAACAUUUUCGAAAUCCUUCGGAUUCGUGGAAACAGGUACAGACAUCAGAAACGCGGUUGCAAAUACUAAAGCCCUGGCCCUCUACAUCGCAGUCAUGGGUCAUUAUACCUGGAUACAUAACCUGACGCUGGGAAACCCGCUUCUGAGUCGCAUUGGCAUCCAGCCUUCAUCGCAUAUCUUCGAUACCUGUCUUGCCGCUAUAGACGCGCGCAAGAAGAAUCCUGAAAAAGGAAAUGAUAUGAUGCAGCGCUGGCUGGAUGUUCGGGCUAAGUAUCCUGAUCGCAUGGCUGAGAACGAGAUAUUUGCCGCGGCUGUUGCGAAUAUCGGGGCUGGGGCCGAUACUGUUAGUGCCACGGCUCAAGCAUUUAUUUAUUACCUACUGCGUCAUCCACAUUAUCUGCAGCGAUUGCGUGACGAGAUUGAUGCUGCUCAGGCUCGGGGUGAACUAUCGCCCAUGGUGCAGUAUAAUGAAGCGCAGAAGCUCCCGUUUCUUCAGGCUUGUUUGAAAGAAACGUACCGGUUCCACUCUGCUGCUGUUGGUGGCCUUCCCCGAGUCGUGCCACAAGGUGGGAUGACCAUAGCCGGCAUAUAUUUCCCCGAAGGAGUGGUUCUCAGUAUAAAUACCUGGGUCUUUCACCGUAAUCCACAGAUCUUCGGCGAGGACUGCGACAGCUUCAAUCCAGACCGCUGGCUUCAAACGGACACCAGUUAUAUCGACUCAUUUUUGAUUCAUUGGGGAGCCGGGUACAACCAAUGCCCCGGUCGCAAUCUUGCCCAAUUUGAGCUACUCAAACUAAUGACAACCCUGAUAAGGGAUUAUGAUAUUGAGCAAGUGGAUGCUGAAAAAGAGUGGGUAUUCAAAAGCCAAUUUACGGCUAUUCCAUCUGGAUGGCCAUGCAAGAUUCAAAGACGCUCGUGA